AUGCGCCGAUGCAAGUCCGCCCCAUUCUCCCGCUUUCCAUCACCCCGCCCCAUUCUCCCGCUUUCCAUCACCCCGCCCCAUUCUCCUUCCUUCCAUCACCCCGCCUCAUUCUCCCGCUUCCCAUCAUCCCGCCCCAUUCUCCCGCUUUCCAUCACCUCUCCCUCCUUCCAUCACCCCGCCCCAUUCUCCCGAAUUCCAUCACCCAACCCCAUUCUCCCGCUUUCUAUCACCCCACCCCAUUCUCUCGCUUUCCAUCACCACGCCCCAUUCUCCCGCUUUCCAUCACCCCGCACCAUUGUCCCGCUUUCCAUCACCCCGCCCCAUUCUCCCACUUUCCAUCACUUCAGCCUAUUCUCCCGCUUUCCAUCUCCCCGCCCCAUACUCCCGCUUUCCAUCACCCCGCCCCAUUCUCCCGCUUUCCAUCACCCCGCCCCAUUCUCCCGCUUUCGAUCGCCCCGCCCCAUUCUCCCUCCUUCCAUCACCCCGCCCCAUUCUCCCGCUUUCCAUCACCCCGCCCCAUUCUCCUUCUUUCCAUCACCCUGCCCUAUUCACCCGCUUUCCAUUAACUUGCCCCAUUCUCCCGCUUUCCAUCACCCCGCCCCAUUCUCCCGAUUUCCAUCACCCCGCCCCAUUCACCCGCUUUCCAUAACCCCUCCCCAUUCUCCCUCCUUCUAUCACCCCGCCCCAUUCUCCCGCUUUCCAUUACCCGCCCCAUUCUCCCGCUUUCCAUCACCUCGCCCCAUCUCCCACUUUCCAUCACCCCGCCCUAUUCUUCUGCUUUCCAUCACCCCGCCCCAUUCUUCUGCUUUCCAUCACCCCGCCCCAUUCACCCGCUUUCCAUCACUCGCCCCAUUCUCCUGCUUUCCAUCACCCCACUCCAUUCUCCCGCUUUCCAUCACUCCGCUUCAUUCUCCCGCUUUCCAUCACCCCGCCCCAUUCUCCUGCUUUCCAUCACCCCGCCCCAUUCUCCCUCCUUCCAUCACUCCGCCUCAUUCUCCCUCCUUCCAUCACCCCGCCCCAUUCUCCCGCUUUCCAUCACCCCGCCCCAUUCUCCCGCUUUCCAUCGCCCAGCCCCAUUCUCCCACUUUCCAUCACCCCGCCUUAUUUUCCCGCUUUCUAUCACCCCGCCCCAUUCUCACGCUUCCAUCACCAUGCCCCAAUCUCCCGCUUUCCAUCACCCCGCCCCAUUCUCCCUCCUUCCAUCACCCCGCCCCAUUCUCCCGCUUUCCAUCACCCCGCUCAUUCUCCCGCUUUCCAGAACCCCGCCUCAUUCUCCCUCCUUCCAUCACCCGCCCCAUUCUCCCUCCUUCCAUCACCCCGCCCCAUUCUCCCUCCUUCCAUCACCCCGCCCCAUUCUCCCGCUUUCCAUCAGCCCACCCCAUUCUACCACUUUCCAUCAUCCCGCCCCAUUCUCCCGCUUUCCAUCACCCCGCCCCAUUCUCCCGCUUUCCAUCACCCCGCCCCAUUCUCACGCUUUCCAUCACCAUGCCCCAAUCUCCCGCUUUCCAUCACCCCGCCCCAUUCUCCCUCCUUCCAUCACCCCGCCCCAUUCUCCCGCUUUCCAUCACCCCGCCCCAUUCUCCCGCUUUCCAUCACCCCGCCCCAUUCUCCCGCUUUCCAUCACCCCGCCCCAUUCUCCCGCUUUCCAUCACCCCGCCCCAUUCUCCCGCUUUCCAUCACCACGCCCCAUUCUCCCUCCUUCCAUCACCCCGCCCCAUUCUCCCGCUUUCCAUCACCCCGCCCCAUUCUCCCUCCUUCCAUCACCCCGCCUCAUUCUACCUCCUUCCAUCACCCCGCCCCAUGCUCCCGCUUUCCAUCACCCCGCCCCAUUCUCCCGCUUUUCAUCACCCGCCCCAUUCUCCCACUUUCCAUCACCCCGCCCCAUUCUCCCGCUUUCCAUCACCCCGCCCCAUUCUCCCUCCUUCCAUCACCCCGCCCCAUUCUCCCGCUUUCCAUCACUCCGCCCCAUUCUCCCGCUUUCCAUCACCCCGCCCCAUUCUCCUUCUUUCCAUCACCCCGCCCCAUUCUUCUCCUUCCAUCACCCCGCCUCAAUCUACCUCCUUCCAUCACCCCGCCCCAUGCUCCCGCUUUCCAUCACCCCGCCCCAUUCUCCCGCUUUUCAUCACCCGCCCCAUUCUCCCACUUUCCAUCACCCCGCCCCAUUCUCCCGCUUUCCAUCACCCCGCCCCAUUCUCCCUCCUUCCAUCACCCCGCCCCAUUCUCCCGCUUUCCAUCAGCCCACCCCAUUCACCCGCUUUCCAUCACACCGCCCCAUUCUCCCGCUUUCCAUCACCCCGCCCCAUUCUCCCGCUUUCCAUCACCCCGCCCCAUUCUCCCGCUUUCCAUCACCACGCCCCAUUCUCCCGCUUUCCAUCACCCCGCCCCAUUCUCCCGCUUUCCAUCACUCCGCCCCAUUCUCCCGCUUUCCAUCACCCCGCCCCAUUCUCCUUCUUUCCAUCACCCCGCCCCAUUCUUCUCCUUCCAUCACCCCGCCUCAAUCUACCUCCUUCCAUCACCCCGCCCCAUGCUCCCGCUUUCCAUCACCCCGCCCCAUUCUCCCGCUUUUCAUCACCCGCCCCAUUCUCCCACUUUCCAUCACCCCGCCCCAUUCUCCCGCUUUCCAUCACCCCGCCCCAUUCUCCCUCCUUCCAUCACCCCGCCCCAUUCUCCCGCUUUCCAUCAGCCCACCCCAUUCACCCGCUUUCCAUCACACCGCCCCAUUCUCCCGCUUUCCAUCACCCCGCCCCAUUCUCCCGCUUUCCAUCACCCCGCCCCAUUCUCCCGCUUUCCAUCACCACGCCCCAUUCUCCCGCUUUCCAUCACCCCGCCCCAUUCUCCCGCUUUCCAUCACUCCGCCCCAUUCUCCCGCUUUCCAUCACCCCGCCCCAUUCUCCUUCUUUCCAUCACCCCGCCCCAUUCUUCUCCUUCCAUCACCCCGCCUCAUUCUACCUCCUUCCAUCACCCCGCCCCAUUCUCCCGCUUUCCAUCACCCCGCCCCAUUCCCACCCCAUUCUCCCAUUUUCCAUCACCCCGCCCCAUUCUCCCGCUUUCCAUCACCCCGCCCCAUUCUCCCGCUUUCGAUCACCCCGCCCCAUUCUCCCGCUUUCCAUCACCCCGCCCCAUUCUCCGCUUUCCAUCACCCCGCCCCAUUCUCCCGCUUUCCAUCACCCCGCCCCAUUCUCCCGCUUUCCAUCACCCCGCCCCAUUCUCCCUGUUUCCAUCACCUCGCCCCAUUCUCCCUCUUUCCAUCUCCCCGCCCCAUUCUCCCGCUUUCCAUCACCCCGCCCCAUCCUCCCUUUUUCCAACACCCCGCCCCAUUCUCCCGCCUUUCAUCACCUGCCCCAUUCCUCCUGCUUUCCAUCACCCCGCCCAAUUCUCCCGCUUUCCAUCACCCCGCCCCGUUCUCCCUCUUUCCAUCACCCCGCCCCAUUCUCCCGCUUUCCAUCACCCUGCCCCAUUCUCCCGCUUUCCAUCACCUCGCCCCAUUCUCCCUCUUUCCAUCACCCCGCCCCAUUCUCCCUCUUUCCAUCACCCCGCCCCAUUCUCCCGCCUUUCAUCACCCCGCCCCAUUCUCCCGCUUUCGAUCACCCCGCCCCAUUCUCCCCCUUUCCAUCACCCCGCCCCAUUCUCCGCUUUCCAUCACCCCGCCCCAUUCUCCCGCUUUCCAUCACCCCGCCCCAUUCUCCCACUUUCCAUCACCCCGCCCCAUUCUCCCUGUUUCCAUCACCUCGCCCCAUUCUCCCUCUUUCCAUCUCCCCGCCCCAUUCUCCCGCUUUCCAUCACCCCGCCCCAUCCUCCCUUUUUCCAACACCCCGCCCCAUUCUCCCGCCUUUCAUCACCUGCCCCAUUCCUCCUGCUUUCCAUCACCCCGCCCAAUUCUCCCGCUUUCCAUCACCCCGCCCCGUUCUCCCUCUUUCCAUCACCCCGCCCCAUUCUCCCGCUUUCCAUCACCCUGCCCCAUUCUCCCGCUUUCCAUCACCUCGCCCCAUUCUCCCUCUUUCCAUCACCCCGCCCCAUUCUCCCUCUUUCCAUCACCCCGCCCCAUUCUCCCGCCUUUCAUCACCCCGCCCCAUUCUCCCGCUUUCCAUCACCCCGCCCCAUUUUCCCGAUUUCCAUUACCCCGCCCCAUUCUCUCUCUUUCCAUCACCCCACUCCAUUCUCCCGCUUUCCAUCACUCCGCUUCAUUCUCCCGCUUUCCAACACCCCGCCCCAUUCUCCUGCUUUCCAUCACCCCGCCCCAUUCUCCCUCCUUCCAUCACUCCGCCUCAUUCUCCCUCCUUCCAUCACCCCGCCCCAUUCUCCCGCUUUCCAUCACCCCGCCCCAUUCUCCUGCUUUCCAUCACCCCGCCCCAUUCACCCGCUUUCCAUCACCCGCCCCAUUCUCCUGCUUUCCAUCACCCCAAUCCAUUCUCCCGCGUUCCAUCACUCCGCUUCAUUCUCCCGCUUUCCAUCACCCCGCCCCAUUCUCCUGCUUUCAAUCACCCCGCCCCAUUCUCCCUCCUUCCAUCACUCCGCCUCAUUCUCCCUCCUUCCAUCACCCCGCCCCAUUCUCCCGCUUUCCAUCACCCCGCCCCAUUCUCCUACUUUCUAUCACCCCGCCUUAUUUUCCCGCUUUCUAUCACCCCGCCCCAUUCUCACGCUUUCCAUCACCAUGCCCCAAUCUCCCGCUUUCCAUCACCCCGCCCCAUUCUCCCUCCUUCCAUCACCCCGCCCCAUUCUCCCGCUUUCCAUCACCCCGCCCCAUUCUCCCACUUUCCAGAACCCCGCCUCAUUCUCCCUCCUUCCAUCACCCGCCCCAUUCUCCCUCCUUCCAUCACCCCGCCCCAUUCUCCCUCCUUCCAUCACCCCGCUCCAUUCUCCCGCUUUCCAUCAGCCCACCCCAUUCUACCACUUUCCAUCACCCCGCCCCAUUCUCCCGCUUUCCUGUUAUAG